CCUGUUAACUCGGUCUAUAAGAGGUGACUUUCUCGCGCUUCAAAUCGACUGUUCCCAUCUUCAUCACCAUCCACCGCUUUGGACACGUAAACACUCGACGAGUCAGCCCCUAUCUUUCCCCCCUUGCAUUGCACCCCCCCAAAAGCUUCCAGAAUGAAGUUAUCCGCUGCCUGCGCGAGCCUUGUGGCUCUUCUCGCCGUUCCCUUGGUCCUUGCCGACGCGCCCAUCAUCAACAACGGCGUCUCUGGCGUCCCCGAUAAGUACAUUGUUAAGUAUAAGGACGACGCCAACGCGACCAAGAAGAAACAGCACGAAGACGAGAUCACCGACAAGGCCAAGAAGAGUAGCAAGGCCGGCAUCGUCCAGAAGCUUGACAUACAGGGCCUCUCGGGUUAUGUGGUCGAGCUCCCGGCCUCGGAGCUCAAGGACAUCCUCACGUCCGACCUGGUCGAGUAUGUCGAGAAGGACACCAUCGUCAACAUCACGCUCGUGGCCAGCGACCUGGAAAAGCGCGCCCUCGUCACGCAGACUAGAGCCCAGUGGGGCCUCGGCCGCAUCUCGCACAAGGCAGUCAGGCACGGAUCCAGCGACUAUAUCUACGACAGCUCCGCCGGCAGCGGCGCAACCAUCUACGUCAUCGACACGGGCAUCCGCAUCACCCACUCCGAGGUCGUUGGCCGCGCGAGCUGGGGCGCCAACUUCGUCAACAACGUCAACACGGACGAGAACGGCCACGGCACCCACGUUGCCGGCAUCGCCGCGGGCACCACGUUCGGCGUCGCUAAGAAGGCCAAGGUGGUCGCCGUCAAGGUUCUCGACAUAAACGGCAGUGGCUUCACCUCAAACGUCAUCGCCGGCAUCAAUUGGGUCGUCAGCCACUGCAGCAUACCGUCCAAGUGUGUCAUCAACCUGUCUUUGGGUGGUGGCUUAUCGCCUGCACUAAACGCUGCCGUCACUGGUGCCUACAACAAGGGCAUCACCCCCGUCGUCGCGGCCGGCAACAACGGCCAGAACGUCGCAGGGUUCUCGCCCGCCUCGGCCCCGCGCGCUAUCACCGUCGCUGCCAUCGAUGGGGUUGAGACUGGCGGCAUCCCCACGCUGACGGAGAGGCGCGCCUGGUUCUCCAACUUUGGCGCCCUCGUCGACAUUUUUGCCCCCGGCGUCGAUAUCCUUAGCUCUUGGAAGGACAGCAACUUUGCCACGCGCUGGCUCAGCGGCACGAGCAUGGCCGCCCCGCACAUUGCUGGUCUGGCCGCCUACUACAUCGGCCUGGGCGUCGUCGGUGCCCCAGCCAUCACCAACAAGAUCAUCUCCACCGCCACCCUCAACCAGGUGACGGACUUGCAGGGCUCGCCCAACCGCAUCGGCUACAACAACAAUGGCCUCUAAACAUCUCGUCUCCUGAGAGAAUGCACACCGUCAGUUUUUGCUUGUCUCUUUCUGUCUUUACGUGGCUAAUGCGAAAUUUCAGUGAGGGAAUCGAGGAGAUGAAGAGAAAGGGAAUGCGCGAUAUUUUUGUUUUUCUUGCCUGUCUUCAGUAGCUGGUAUUUGGUCUUUUUCUUUCUCUCUCUUAGGUUUGUACUAUCAGGAUCAAGCCGCGUGAGGGCAGCUCGAUGUAAACACCUUUGCAACUGGAAAAUGGUUAACAAAGGGCGGCUGCUGAGCACCCCCCCUUUCCGUCAAGUUCUCAUCGACUAUACCAAUC